GGCAACCCUUCUGGUGCCCUGGUAGCGGUCUUUCAAUUACCCGCGCUGCAAUCACUAUCCUGUAUGUUGCGGGUGAAAAUUGUGUUUCGGCAACACACCAUGGUGGUGAGCAGGAAACUCCGUGGUUUGUUGCUCAGUGUCGCAUGCGACGUGAUGUUGUGUGAGGAGAAGGGGUGUAUUCUCGCCUUACAUGAAGGAAACGUCGGGUCGAAGGAGAUAGCUGAGUGUACAAGUUGGAGCAAGACAGCUAUUUUCGCCUUGUUAAAAAGAGCCAAGUCACUGCUGCCCAACAAAGUUCCUCCACCUGCCCCGGUCCCAGGCUGUCUCCUUGUGACCACACCUAUAACUGACAAGCUGAAAAGACGUGAGGUUACUAAAAAUCCAUGUAUCACAGCCAGAGAACUCAAGCAAGCCCACCCAGACCUGCUCGGAGACGUAGCUAUACAGACACUGCAAGAAAGGUGCCAGAAGCAUCUGAAGCUGCCACUUUAGUCACCCACCAAGACACCGCUCUUUACCAAGAAAAUAAAGAUGGCACGUCUGGAUUUUGCUCGCAGAUACAAGGGGUAAGGUUCAGUACGUAAGGUGAUGUGGAGCAACGAAUCCACAUUCCAGUGUGGAGGAAAGUGGAAGGGCAAGUUACGUUGCCCUGCUGGUGGCAACCCAUUUGACAGUCAGUAUGUACAGACGACAGUGAAACACUUUGAUUCUGUCAUGAUCUGAAGGGGUUUCACUGGUGAGUUUGGACGUGCUGUUUUUCUUGUGCUCCCUAAAAAUUGUACAUUAAAUGGAGAUUGGUACAUUGAAGUGUUGGACGAACAUUUAUUGACUUUAUGAGCUUCACGAGUGGGAGUUCUUCCAACAAGAAAGUGCACCAUGCCUUAAGGCUAAGAAAGUCAUGAAGUGGCUCCAGAUCAUCAUUUUAAUGUGUUCAAGUGGCCUGGUAACUCACCCGACCUUAACCCCAUUGAGCAAAUGUGGGGUUACAUGAAGAGGAAGCUGGAGAACAUCGCCACGUCAUCAGUGCCAUGCCUCACUGAAUCACUGAAGGAACUCUGGAUCCACCACUUACCCCUGGAUUUGUCAAAAGCUGUCUGAUUCCAUGCCUAGGUGUGUGGAGGCUGUCCUGAAGGCCUGUGGAGGUCACACUAAAUAUUGAAAAUAAUGUAUCACUGCAACUUUUUUUUUAUUUCUUUAAUUCCUCUUGUUAAAAUGACUAGUCCUGCAACUUUCUGCAGUUACUGUAUAAAUUUACUAGUGAACUGGACAAAUUGGAUAGAAGCAACCUGUAUGUGACAGAUGGGUGGAAGGGGCUGAAAGGACACUGCAAGAAGCUGAAAAAAGCCACAUGUCUGAAGAAUAAAAUAAAGUACGUACAGUUUCCCAUACAGAAGUGUAGAUGAGUGGAAUGGCUAAAGCAGGAGAUUUUGGAGGCAGGAAGUGUCCCAUCACAAGAAGGAGAGGUUGGACAUAUUUAGACAAGGAAACAGGACCAUCUGAGCUUAGCUCAGGCCCUGUAAACCACAAAUAGGUAAAUGCAAGUAGGUAAGUACACACAAUGUCAUCCUCUAUACAUAUGCUGAUCUUUACAUUGCACCCACAGGUUUUGCAAAUGGUUGUAAAAUAGGAGUGACCAAUCCAAACGGGGAUAUGCUCCUGACAACAACCAUCUAUCCCUUCCGUGGGAAUCAGCAGCACAUGCAGAUUGAAGAUUGGAGCAAAGACCACAAUGCUCGCACACUCAGGGAGAUCGUCCACAAAUAUCAAAGUGAACUCUUUGCUGUAGGAAAUGGAACUGCUUGCAGGGAGACUGAGGCUUACUUGGGACGCCUCAUUGCACAGAAGUGCUUUGAGCCAUUCAAUGUUCAGUACACCAUCAUCAAUGAGACUGGUGCAUCACAGUACUCAGUGUCACCGGAGGCCAAAGCAGAAUUCCCAGGACUUGACCCAAAUCACAUUAGUGCCUUGUCACUGGCUCGGCGGCUGCAGGACCCAUUGCUGGAGUACAUCAAGGUACACCCAAUGCACAUGGGUGUUGGAAUGUAUCAGCAUGAUAUCCCUGAACGCAUCCUCCAUGCCUCCCUAGACUCUGUCAUGACCGAAUGUGUUUCCUUUGUCGGUGUUGACAUCAACUCUGCCUCAGAGUUUGUUUUAAGAAAAUUGUCUGGUUUGAAUAAGUCCCGUGCAGCAAACAUAGUCGAGUACAGGAAGAGCAAAGGUCCUUUCAUAAACAGGGAGCAGCUAAAGUCUGUGAAGGGGGUGGGGCCACGCACAUUUGAACAGUGUGCUGGCUUCAUCAAAAUUCUGCCGGAAACUCUCGCCAAUGAAGUUAACAGAACACCACAAGGAAAGAAGAGAGCGGAAAAGGAGGUUGUGAACCCCUUUGAUCGCACAUUGAUUCAUCCAGAAUCAUACGAAGCAUCACAAAAGUUCGUGGAUAUGGUUGGGUUGCACCCACAGGACAUUGGCAGCAAUCACUUCAUCCAUGCCAUUCAACAAUUCAUGCAGUCAGCCAGGUUAGAGGACAUUGCCAGGGAGUGUGCGGCAAGUAUACAAACAAUGCAGCUUAUCAUUGAGGGUCUGGCACAGCCCCUUGACUAUGAUAUCCGGGCACAAUUUGAAAAGCCGCUCUUCCGCCAAGGCAUCACCUCCAUAGAUGACAUAUCACCCGGCACGAAGCUGACAGGUUCUGUGAGGAAUGUUGUACACUUUGGAGCCUUUGUUGAUGUUGGCCUGGGUCAAGAUGGGCUGGUCCACACCUCCAAGAUGGGUGGCAUGAGGCUGGAGCUUGGCAACAUAGUAGAAGUGACUGUCAAUAAUAUUGACAAAGGUCGUGGAAGGAUUAGCUUAAUGUUGCACAGAGUGUUAAGUUAAAGACUUUAUUAUAUUGGAAUAUUACUCUUUUUGGAGGUGGUGAGUGAUUGUUGGUAAAUGAGACUGUUCAUGCAGUUGUAUGGCCAUGUUAGGUAUGUAAGAGGAAAUACUGCUACAGUGGUAAGCAAACGGAUCUGAAAUACACUAGUGAAGGAGUGGACUGAUAAAAUAUUGACUUAGAAUUUUAAAAGAUAUGAACAUGCCAUAUCGAUAUGAUAGUUAGACAGGCAUAGGAUCCAAUUACAAGAUGGAUCCUUCUUGGGGAGAAAUUUAGGAGAGGGUCAGAUUUUCAUGUCCACCAUUGUAACUGAAUGUAGGGUUAUUUACAUCACCUAAAUAGAGGGCAGUUCCCUUACUGGUACACAUAAUUAUUGCCUUCUAAACAUCUGGUGCAUCUUAUGCAUCAUUGUUUAUGAUACAGGUAACUCUCGAUUUUCACGUGUUUGGUUUACGUGUUUUUGAAAUAUCGCGGGGUCCAAAAUCCAAAGAAAUGUUUAAUUUACACGUUUUUUCACUUAUACGCAAUAUUUUAUGGAGUGGCCACCAGAUGUCUCACGCAACUGGACUCACACGGCGCCGCAGCCACACAGCUGAGCUCAGUUCUUCCCGCGCGCCACUUGAACAACAAUACAGUACCCACGCUGCCACGCUACUCAACAAUAGGGGUGGGCAGGUACCGGUACCACUACCUGUACUAACGGUACCGGCUAUAUGGUACGGUACCGGUACCAGACUUCGGUACCGGUACCAAUACUAGCUAGUCGCUCAUGGUGUCCCUCAUUUCUUCCUCACGAGUGAGGCGGAGACUGAGUGCCUGAGUGGAUAUCUCUGUGAUAUGGUUAUUCUCUCUCUCUCUCUCUCUCUCUCUCUCUCUCUCUCUCUCUCUCUCUCUCUCCACUGAAUGUAAUGAAUAUUUAUUUUUCAAUAGAAACCUACCUCUUGUUUUUGAUUUAUUUGACCUCUUCAAGGACACAAUACUCACGUAAAUCGAGAGUUACCUGUAUGCUGUGAAGUGACAUUUUGUUAAAAAAAUGUCAAAAUAUUUCAUAAGAGAAUAAUGAUUUCUCAGGUGGAAAUAAUUAUUAUUUAAAAUGGUUAGCUUUAUGGUUGUGACAAAUAUGAACAAAUCUACAGCCAUUCUAACUUAUUGUUGCACAUUGGUGAUGAUGAUGGGGAUGUCAUUGAUUGUAGUUUGGCAUGAGAUAAUAAAAAAAAUAAAAUACCUAU